UGCUCUUGCUUCGUAAAUUUUUAUUAUUUUAUGAUUUCAAUUUAAUCGACAUUCUUGCAACGAUAAUGGAUAAGAAUGGAUUAUAAAGCAAUUUUUUAGUGCUAUCGUAUUGGGAUUAGAAGAGGAGAUAGCACGAGACGCAUUUAUUUAGGAUACACUAUCAAAGAAAUGUAUACGUAUUAAAUUGAGAAAGUAACAAACUAGUUAAUGGCUAAUGGCAGCGUUAACUUUAAAUCAAUUUUCAACUUGAUUAUUAUUAUAUAAAUCUUCAAAAUAGAUUAGUAAUAAGAUUAAUUUAUUUCACAAGACAAACAAAAUCACAAUAAUUGUAUUCAUUCAUACCAAUGAAUUUAACUUUUUAGAGAUUAUCCUGAUUUUACCAAUGCAGAUAUUUUAUCGACAAUGAGAUUUAGUGUAGCAAGUGGUCUAAUUCCAUUGACAUUGGGAGCGAAGCAUUCAUAAAAAUACACAUAACCGUGACCGUGUGGGUUUUCGACGCUUGUGAUGGACCUGGAUGAUGUGUACGUUCAAAUUGGAGAAUUUGGUGUCCAACAGAAGAUCUACUUCUUGUCCCUCGGCCUCUUCAAUCUCUAUGCUCCACUUCACCUGGUCCAAACCGUUUUCACAGGUCAGCAGCCACACUUUACCUGCAUCCUCAGCAAUGGUUCAGCAGUAAACAAUACCUGUCCCGAGAAUCUUUUGAGCAAUUGUGACCACGUCCAGUUUACCCAUCUUCCCGAUUCAUAUGCUAGACAGUGGUCACUUAUCUGCGAUGAGGCCUACAAAUCCAAGCUGGUGCAGUCCUUCUUCAUGGCUGGGGUGGGAAUCGGGGCUGUGAUUUUGGGGGCUGUUGCAGACAGGAUUGGACGACGGAAGACGCUGGUUGGGACGUUAAUGGGAAUGAUAAUAUUUGGGAUUGCUUCCAGUUUUGUCCCAUGGUACUGGGGUUACAUUGUUUUACGAUUUUGUGUUGGGUUCUUUGCUGCUGGAAAUAUUUUGUCUAGUUUCGUGCUCUCUAGUGAAUUGAUUGGCCCAUCCAAGAGAGGAAUUGCUGGCAACAUUUUUCAAGUAUUCUUUGCAUUUGGCAUUGUAAUACUCUCUUUGUUGGCUUAUGCGUUUACAAAUUGGAGAAUUUUGUCUGCAGCUGCAACAUCGAUUGGGAUUCUGUAUUUCUUCUUGUUCAUAAUGCUACCAGAGUCUCCCCGCUGGCUAAUUAAUCAUCAGCGAAUAAGAGAAGCCAAGCAUAUUCUAAGGACAAUGGCAGAUAGAAACGGGAUGAUUUUCCCAUCCGAUUUGGAAAUCAAUCUUCCUCCACCCAAUGCUCAUCGUGGACACCUCUGUGAUCUGUUCAGACGAAGGAAAACAACAGUAUCCACACUGGUUCAGCUCUACUCUUGGUUCGUUAACAGCGUUGUCUACUACGGUUUGACUUUGGCAUCCGACAAGCUCGGAAGUAAUAUAUACGUUUCAACAAUGCUAUCCGGGAUCGUUGAAUUACCUGCUUAUUUUAUUACUGCAUUGCUAAUUGACUGGUUGGGUAGAAGACUACCAUUGAGUAUAUUUAUGGUCAUCGGAGGCAUCUCCUGCAUUCUUAUUGAAGUGAUCAACCAUCCAGAAGUAAUUUUUAUUUUGGCUCUAGUCGGAAAACUUUGUAUUGCUGCGAGCUUCGCCAUAAUUUAUAUUCACAGUUUUACAACUUUCAGCGCUGAAUUAUUUCCAACCGUCAUUAGAAAUAGUGGAUUGGGACUUUGUUCAUUGUUUGCAAGAGUGGGCGGAAUAGUUGCCCCUUUCAUCAGUUUAGCAGAUUCUGUUGAAACAUCACUUCAAUUUACAAUAUUUGGAAUAUUGAGUUUAUCUUCUGGGCUGCUCAACUUACUUUUAGAAGAAACGCUUAACCGAACAUUGCCCGAAACAUUGGAUGACUUGAAGGGAGAAAGUAAUUUAAGAAACGUCAGAGGACGGUAUGCAAGAUUAGCUAGCGAUGAAUUGGAACAAUCAGAAGAGGAGACGAAUGAUAGUUCAGAAAUAUACAAAUCGAGUCACAUGUUAGCCACGUAAAUAUUUUUUCGCUCAUUUGGAAUCUUCUGACCUUUUGCACUUUGUGGAGUUGUCAGACCGCUCAUAAUUUCUUCUUGCCAUGAGCAACGAAGAUGUUCGGGUAUUAAUGGGCAUUAAAAAAUCCAGAUGAGUGUAUCUAUUUGAUAUAAUAUAUUCCUUAGUGGUGUCACAGAAAAUAACCAUUGAGACUGAAUGAUAUUAUUGUAUUUACCGAGUGCCUUAGAAUUUUAUGGUGACAUUUAUUGUCUACUAAUAAGUUAGCUGUGAUGAUGACUCAUAUUGUCGAGUUUAAAUAUUUUAUGAAGUAAAUACAAGUAAAGCUAAGUAUUUUAACAUGGACACACCAA